CUCGCUUCAUAGUGGAAUCGGUGCGAGUGGGCGCCAUACGCUUGUCCCGCUUCGUUAUCUCCCGAGAAGAAGGAAAGAACUCGCACUCUCUCUCCCAUGGCGGCCUCUCCGUCUCACUUAGUCUCCACGAUGAUGACGUGUGGCCCGCACCAGUCAUUUGAAGACUCCUUUAUGGGCAUCCAACUCAGAACCUGUCCUCUUCCCGGAAAUAAAAGUGUACCUCAACGUCUUUUUGUCUUUUCAAGAAGGUUAUCAGGCUUAGAGGAGGCCAUGCGCAUAAGAAGGUAUGAUGUUUGAACCGACUGAGAUAGAACGAUACACAAGUCGAGAGUUUUCUUAUUUAGUGCAAAUUCACAUGCACAAACGCAGAGGCUUGCAUGAUCGCCCUAUGUCCCGCGAGUUACAAACCACUGGAAAGGUGAGAAAAAGACCACCUUUAAGACGUGGAAAAGUAUCUGCUCGUCUUCCUGUGCCAGAGCAUAUUCAGAAGCCUCCUUAUGUUAACUCAACUUUGUUGCCAGAGCUGUCAAGUGAACCACAAGUACAUGACAGUGAGGGCAUUGCUCGCAUGAGAGCUGCUUGCAAGCUUGCCGCUGUUGUACUGGAAAAUGCAGGAAAGAUGGUCAGGCCCUCUGUUACUACAAAUGAAAUUGAUAAAGCAGUGCAUGAGAUGAUUAUUGAUGCUGGGGCUUAUCCUUCUCCACUUGGCUAUGGAGGAUUUCCAAAGAGUGUCUGUACAUCAGUGAAUGAGUGCAUGUGCCAUGGAAUACCAGAUUCUCGUCAAUUACAGGAUGGUGACAUAAUUAAUAUUGAUGUUACUGUUUAUCUGGAUGGUUAUCAUGGUGACACCUCCAAGACUUUUCUUUGUGGAAAUGUUGAUGAAGCUGCUAAGCGCCUUGUGCGGGUGACAGAAGAGUGCAUGCACAGAGCCAUCUCUGUAUGCAAAGACGGUGCUAGUUUCAAAAAGAUCGGGAAACGGAUAAGUGAGCAUGCAGAAAGAUUUGGCUAUAAUGUAGUGGAGCGAUUUGUUGGACAUGGUGUUGGCCAAAUCUUUCACUGUCAGCCGAUUAUAUUGCAUAACCGUAAUGACAGACCUGGCCGCAUGGUUGAAGGUCAAACAUUUACCAUAGAACCAAUCCUUACAGUGGGAAGUACAGAGUGUGUUACAUGGGACGACAACUGGACGACACUUACAGCUGAUGGCAGUCUCGCUGCACAAUGUGAGCAUACAAUUUUGAUAACUAGGACUGGUGCUGAGAUUUUGACCAGAUGCUGAUAGCAGAAAACUUCGACAUGCUUCAUGUAACAAUAUUCAAUUGGAGAGGAGAACCUGGGAGACAAUUAUCGUUCUCGAUGCAGCAAGCUUGAUUGGUGGCAAAUUUAAUAUCGAUAAACACUGAGAUGCUUCAUGUAUGGUCAAUGUAUCACACUGUUGGAGGAGCGACGUAUACAAAUUAAAUCAUUAUUCGUGUCAAACGAUGUUAAAUGAGAAGUAUCUCUUGUUUUAGCAUUCAUAAAUGUACUUAUGAUGCAAGUAGCCACAUUGGGGCAACAUAAAAGAAUGAUUUUAAUAGACCAACGCCGUAUCCUUUCUA